AUGGAACAAAAUGUUGGAAAUAAGGAUGUUGUUGAAGAGCCAAGAGUAGGAAUGUCAUUUUCAUCAGUUGAGGAAGUAAGGGCAUACUACACGAGUUAUGCAAAGCAAGUUGGGUUCGGAGUGACAAAGCGAAGUUCUAAAAUGGGAGAUGAUAGGAAAAUAAGGUAUUUCACCCUUGCUUGUGUCUGUCAAGGUACGUCUGUGAGCACAACGUCGAAUAUUCUCAAACCAAGGCCGAUGGAACAUAACGGAUGCAAGGCAAAGAUCAAUGCCAUAUUAGGUUCCGAGGGAGAGUUUUGUUUGACCCAUGUUGUCCUUGAGCACAAUCAUACUCUCAGUCCAGGAAAAGCAAGAUAUAUUAGAUGUCAUAAGAGGUUGGAUGAGUCGAGCAAGAGAAGAUUAGAAUAUAAUGAUAUGCCUGGCAUUCAAUUGAGCAAGAACUACAGUUCUUGUGUCGUUGAGGCAGGAGGAUAUGAGAAUCUCACAUUUGGAGAAAGAGAUGCACGUAAUUACAUACGUGAGGUGAGAUUACUUCGGCUUGGGUUAGGAGGUGCUGAAGCACUACAAAACUACUUCACUCGUAUGCAAUCGCAAAAUGAUGGUUUCUUUUAUAUCAUGGAUGUUGAUGAUGAAACCAGAUUGAGGAAUGUGUUUUGGGCAGAUGCCCGUAGUAGAGCUGCAUAUGAAUCAUUUGGUGAUGUAAUAACUUUCGACACAACGUACUUGACCAAUGCAUACAAAAUGUCAUUUGCUCCUUUUGUGGGAGUUAAUCAUCAUAGCCAAUCAAUUUUAGUUGGAUGUGGCCUGAUUUCUGGAGAGGAUAUGGACAUAUUCGUUUGGUUUUUGAAUCAUGGCUUAAAUGCAUGA